UUCCCACAAGCCAUAAGAAUUUACAGACAGCAGACAGCAAAGACAGAGUUCUUCUGGGCUGUCCUUUUGACCAUUUUGUCUCAUCUGUCUCUCAACACUCCACAGUCCACAGUCAAAGUUUCAUCUUAGAAUAUUUAUCAUAACAUGCAGAUUCUUCAGUGGCUGUCCAAGCUUGCACAUGAGCAUCAGACUGGCAAGAAGCAAGAUAAAGAAGUGAAUGCAAAUGGCAUAGUUUUUCUGAACAAGAACACAGCUGAACAAACCAGGCUGAAAUGCAAGAGUUGUAGUCUGUUCAAGUUCCUUCGCCGAAAGGACAUUGCCAAGGCUUAUUUCUACAACACCCUGCAUCUGAAGAGGCUGGGGAGUAGUCGAAGGAGGCAGCAUUUUGUCAGGUCCAUGAACAUGAAAAGAGAGAACCUUUCGCGGGGGUUAAGCCCGAGCCACAGGUCAGAUUCUGGUGCACAUUUAGGAUCUACUAAGGUUCUGCCUAUCAGCAGUGACCAUGCAGCCCAAUCUUCUUCAGAAAAUGGCAACAGACAAUGCCCUAAACCCGAAAAGAAAGACAAGACAAAAACCAUUUCCAAGAUGAAAGAGCUGCUCAGAUGGGCUGCUGCAACCAAGUCAGAAAAGGGUGAAAAAUUCCUAGGUAGAAAGGUGUUUCGCUUUCGCGACAAGACAACCUUAAAACCAGUACCAGAUGAUGAUCAGCUCAGCAAUGACUCUCCCAAGAUCAGCUUCAGAUGGGAUGUGGAGAGCUGCUCCACCAUCUCCUCCACUUAUUCCGAGAUCUCAUCAAUCGCUUCCUCAACGAGAAACGACCAAUCAGGCAAAAGGAACGCGAUUUCUUUAAGCUCAACUCCAGCCAGUAGGGAGCAGCAGCAAGGCUGCAGAGCAGGAAACUGGAUCACCACAGAUUCUGAGUUCGUGGUGCUAGAACUCUGAACACAAAGCAGGGCCAUUGGAGUGGAGAAAGUGACUAUUGGACUAAUAAGGAGUCCUGAUUUUUAUUCAGAAAUAUAGAGUGUGAUGUAAAAAUUGAUGGAUUCAAUGGUGUGAAAUGUUAAGUGCCUGCGUUGUAAUCAAAGAUGUAAGCAUUUAUUGCACAUUUUACAUUGUCAUAAUGCCUUAUUCCUUCAAUGAAGGUCGAAGCAGAGCCGGAGUUUGAGACCAAAAAAUCGAAUAAAAUGAUUGAAUGGACAA